CCGGGCUCUGUCCCGCUCCGCUCCGCACGGUCCCGCCGGGCUCUGCCCCGCUCCCGCUCCGCACCAUCCUGCCGGUGUCUCUUCACUGUCCCGCCUGCGCUGCCUGUCCCGGUCCUUUACCGCACCGUCCUGCCGGCACCGGGACGCAGGCUCCCGGCCCCUCUCCAGCUCCAAUGGCCUGCCAAGAGAGUGAGUACCUGGAUGAGCAUGGGCAAUGUACUCCCUGCAUCAACUGCAAGCCUGGACUGGAGCUUUCCAAGGACUGCGGCGAUGGCAGCGGGGGGGACGCGCAGUGUGUCCCCUGCCCUCCCAGGAAGUUCAAGGACAACUGGGGCCACCAUGGCUGCAAGCCCUGCCUGUCCUGCACCCUCAUCAACCGCGUCCAGAAGUCCAACUGCACAGCAACAACCAACGCCGUCUGUGGGGAGUGCCUGCCAGGGUUCUACCGGAAGGCGCGGAUCAGCGGGCAGCUGGACUGGGAGUGCAUCCCUUGCACCAAGCAGACCCCCACCUCUGAGCCUCAGUGUCGAUCCAGAGUAAACCUGGUGAAGGUAGCCAUCCCCACUGUACCACCGCAGGGCACAGCCCUUCUUGCCCUGACCAGCAGUGCCCUGGUCAUCAUCGUACUGGUGCUUCUGGCCCUCUCCAUCAUCUACUGCAAGCGGUUUUGGAAGAGCCAGUGCCAGCGAGUCUUCCUGAGGACUCAGAACUUCUCAGGCCAGCGAGCGACGUUCCCAACCACGGCAGUGCCUGGCAGAUUCCUGUGUGAGGAGCAGAUGUCUAGUCCCUGCUGCCUGGGUACGAAGAACUGCUACAGGCAGGCAGAAGGCCCCAUGGAAGCAGCGCAGUACAUUUCGGAGGGUGAAGGCGUGGGUCUCCAGCUUCCCUCCCUCCAGCUGGAGAUGGACUUACCCCCAGCUGUGGCAGUUGGCACUGCCUCCAAAGCCCAGCUGGGCAGGAGCCUCCUGGAAAGCCAGCCCCUCAUCCGCGCCUCGGGCUGCAGCGACUGCCUGGCUGGGGUCCUGCCACCUGCAGCCCCCUGGCAGGGCCAGCCAGAGGCCCUUGCCCCCCUCUCCUCCUGCGCCUCUGAGAUGCAGCACAAGUGGCCUCAUGCCCCAGUGGAGUGCACUGAGCUGGACCUCCAGAAGUUCUCCACCCAGGCAGACUUUGUGGGCAGCGAGCGGCCGGAGGAGGCAGCACCGAGGGUCCCGGCGGAGAGCAGGGGCAGCGGGCGGGAAGUGGCCCCGCACCCACCCCCCACCUUCCCCAGCCCCACCACUGAAAGUGGGGAGCAGACGGUGGAUGAUGCCCAGAGCCUUGUGACUCAGAUCAGCAGCACUGCCAAGGGUCUCCCAGUAGCAGAACUGCCCCAUUCCUUGGUGCAGUCACUUGCCUUCUUGUUGGACCCUUCCAUGAAUGGUGUGAAGAACUUCAGCCACGUGGCACUGGAGCUGGGGGUCACGCCCCAGCUGCUGGGACGGAUAUCUGGAUUUGAGCAGCUCGUUGCUCACUUCACCUACUCGGGAGCCACGGUCACCAUCCCCCUCCUGGCCCAGGCUCUGCAGCGGCUCCAGCGCUUCGAUGCUCUGCUCCUGCUCUGUGACCACCUGGUGCUCAGCCAGGCCCAGGGCCACCAGCGCUAGGGAGAGCCGGGAAGGACACGGGAAGCUCCAGGCACUGGGUGAUACAGGAGAGCCCUAAUGUCACAUCAUCUCUCUGGUGUGUACGUGGGGAGUACGUGGAGAUGGUCUUUUUGCAUCACGGACCAGGAGGACACGGCGGGGAGCACCCAUCCCUCCUGUGGGGAGCAUCUCUCCCUCCAGGUCAAUGCCAGGAGGACACAGCCAUGCCUCCUCCCAGCCUCCGUGCAGGAGGUUCACUCAGGCCCCUCUGGAGGCCAUUUUUCCCCCACUGUGGUGACCCCCUUGUCUGGGAGCAGGGUGCCAUGGGUGGCUGUGCCGCCUGUGCUCUCGCUCUGCAGUGUCUCCAAGCUGCCCUCACUCUUGGUGUGGGUUCCCUCAGCCAUGGGGCUCAGUCUCUGUGGGCAGCCACCCUCUGAUGGACCCAGCCAUCACCUCCCUCCCAUUCCAGCUUUCCUAUCCUUUGUGUCUGACCUGUGCCCUUCUUUCCCAGGUGCCACUGUUCCAGUUUACUUUUCUGGCUUCCAUCCCUCUCUGUCAGAGAUGGUCCUUGGCAGAGGACCUGGCUGUGGCUGCUGUGCCAGGCUCCAGCCUUUGGCCUCCCUGUGCCACCCUGGCGCCUUCCCCUUCGUGUCCCUUUUGAGAAGCCAUGCAGGACUCUGAGACUGAUCCUGGGGGCGGGUUGGUGUGUCCUUGUCCCAGUGCAGUGCUGUGGCUGCCACCCUGGGCAGGGUGCUGGCUCACCCCCCAGCCCCGCAGGCAUCUGCUGGUGGGGCUUUGCAAGCUGUCCUGCUGGGACUUGGGUGGCAGAGGCAGGGCUGCUCUGCUGCUGUCCCCAGGGAGCAGCGGUGACACGGGUGGCAGAGGCAGGGCUGCUCAGCUGGUGCCAUGCCAGCUCCAGGCAGCAGCUGGAGGCUGAAGCUGUGACCGUGGCUCAGAGGUGACAUCCCUAUGCCAGUCACAGCAGAGCUGGCUUCUUU